AAAACUUUCGUUUUUUCCCGGGACCUUCCGUCAUGAUUCGGCACUACAUUUGCUCGCUACAGCCUCGUUGCAAGCUGGCUGGCUGUACUGUACCAGCCCACUUCUAUUAACGAUAUCAGAAAUAAAAAAACGGUUUGUCAUAUUUAAGCGUUGCUACAUCAAGACAACCGUUUGACACCGACCUUUCUACAUUAUGCAGGCUAUCAAAUGCGUCGUGGUGGGAGAUGGAGCGGUGGGUAAGACAUGUCUACUCAUCAGCUACACGACCAAUGCCUUUCCUGGAGAAUACAUCCCUACAGUGUUUGACAACUACUCAGCCAAUGUGAUGGUAGACGGGAAACCAGUGAACCUGGGCCUGUGGGACACAGCUGGGCAGGAGGACUACGACCGGCUCAGACCUCUGUCUUAUCCUCAGACGGAUGUGUUCCUGAUAUGUUUCUCAUUGGUGAGCCCCGCGUCCUUUGAGAAUGUCAGAGCUAAGUGGUACCCAGAGGUACGCCACCACUGCCCCAACACCCCCAUCAUCCUGGUGGGCACCAAGCUGGACCUGAGGGAUGACAAGGACACUGUGGAGCGACUGAGGGACAAGAAGCUGUCCCCCAUCACCUACCCCCAGGGUCUGGCCAUGGCGCGGGAGAUCGGUGCGGUGAAAUACCUGGAGUGCUCUGCCUUAACCCAGAGGGGACUGAAGACCGUGUUCGACGAGGCCAUCCGUGCCGUCCUAUGCCCUGCACCAGCCAGGAAGAAGUGCAAGAGGUGCAUCAUCUUCUGAGGGAGGUGUGGAUGUCUGCGAGAAAAAACAACAUAAGAUAUUGUUUUAUAGAAGGUGUUUACAGUUGUCAAGGUCUCUGUUGGCAUUCUAUUCCUAUUGGCCUUGGGCAAUGCCCAAGGGAACAGCAUGUAAUUUGUUAAGUGGUCAAAUGUGACGCUCAUCAGAUAAACGUUGUUGACAUACAAGUGGGUCAAAGAUUAAAUAUCGAGAUUGGUUUCCAAAUGCCACCCUAUUCCUUCAAUAGUGUCUAGAGCCGAUGGGGUUCUGGUCUAAAGAAGUGCACUAUGCAGGGAAUAGCGUGUCAUUUAAGACGGUGCCGAAGGUGACAUUUAAUUGAACUCUACAACUUUGAAAUAGACUCUGUGUGCCUUAUGACUUAACUCAGUUGAGUGAAUUAAAAGGCUGAGGAUCUCAGAGAGAGACGGAGUCUAGAUGGACGUGUACAAUAGGACCAAUCACAGCGGGUUGAAGAUAUUGGACUGUCCGGAUCCACUGAACUUCUUACCUUAAUAGGGCUUAACACAGAGUACACUUACACACUCUCCCCAUCCGUAAAGCAUAGUGGUAAUGUUUCAGGGCCGAUGUUGAUUGGUCAUUCACGCCAUAGCAGUCAUGGUGGUCAUGGCCAUCACUUUCACCAUUUGUUCCCUUUUUUCUUUAUCCUGUCUUUCUAUAUUCUGUCCUUCUAUAUUAGCUCUGUGGGGGCGUGGCUACUUACAGUGUUGUGAAUAGCAUCUGCAUGAUAUCAUUCAUUUUAACUCUAAAUGAUCUGGCUCCCAACUGUCCCUCCAUUCCCUAUACAGUGCCCCCCUACUGACUGGGUUCCAAAAAGGGCCAGUGCACUAAAUAAGGAAUAGGGUGCUUUUUGCAAAGAUCUUCUGCAUGUCCUCUGCGAUGUGGAAUCCCAUACUGAAAUAUGUGAAACAUCUCAAUUAGAUUUGAAUUACCAAAUAAAAAAAAUUAAAUAUGUUUCCAAAUGUUCUGUCAAAUAUUUGAAUACAUUAAAAAAGUAUUUACAUUUUUUUUUGUAUUUCACAUGUAUCCUAAAAUGCGAACACAUUUUCAACUAAAUGUAAAGAUGGGAUUCUACAUUAUGGAGUAUGAUUUCAAAACAGUUUACACAGUUUAUAAUUGCUUUGUGCUUAAAAUCCUGCAUUACUUAACUGUUACUCAAGCCAGCUUUUUCUACUGAUCCGGUCAGAUGGUCUUUAAAACCUCUUAUCCAUUAAGUGUUUAGGUUUUUCUAUAUAUUUCUCAGUGCAGACCAUGAUUGUAGUUUAAAAAAUGACUUCCAUUUUUGAGAAUGUACGUAUUCUAAUAGUUGACUUCCAGUGGAACUCAUUAGGAGAGUGGCAUUUAGUCCAAAAGGACGAAUUAUUUGAUUCCUUUGGAAAUCCAACCAAUUUCAUGUAAUUUAUAAAAUUUAAUAUACAACAUAUUAAUUCACAGAAUACAGAAACAUGUCAAAACAGUGUUUUCUUUAUCGUUACAUUAUUCACUGUAUCCUUUUUAACUGUAACCACAAAGAGGUCAAUUGUGAGGGCAAAUCUUUUUUCUCAAUUCACUACUUUGAUAAUAUGGAACUUUUGGGAUGUUGUUAAGCAACUAGUUACCAAAUAAAUGAUGGUGGUAUGAAAACAUUAUUUGUAUUGUAAACUGAAAACAUGAACUUAAUAGUAAAGUAAAGCAAUUGUGAUAAAAGCAGUUGCUCUUGCACAAGGGUAGAUGUAUGUAGCCUGACAAUAAAUAAAAAUGGUGCCAUUCCAUAGUUGUAUUCUAAUACCAAGAUGUGUUUCAGUUUUCCUAGUUCAGUAAAAAGCCUAAAUGAACCGGCCCCCAUAUUGUUUAUACUGGUGACCUUUAGCUUGCUUUUAAGGGUAGAAUUUGGAUGCCGCUUUUGUGGAUUUUGUUUAUUUUUAUUAUUAUUAAAAAACUUACAACAUGA